CCACCACCCACCGACUACUUCCCUUUCCAGAACCGCGCUCACUUCGAGUGUGCAGACUUCCUGUUCCGUGAGGAACAGAUGUCUGGUGGGAAGGUUGACAGGCUCAUGCAGAUCCUUGCUGCCUUCUAUCAGCAGAGUGCCCCUGCCCGUCCAGCUCCCUUCUCGGAUGCUGAUGACCUCUAUGGUACCAUCGAUGACAUACCUCUUGCUGGUGUGCCAUGGUGGUCAUUCAGUGUCUCGUAUCAGGGUCCACGUCCUGCUAGGGAGGAAGAUGUGCCAAGGUGGAUGACGCAGGAAUAUGUGGUCUGGUACAGAUGUCCCGACCAAGUUCUCAAGUCUCAGCUUGCCAAUCCUGACUACAAGAGCAACAUGGACUGGGUACCCAAAAAGGUAUACGACAAGCAUGGCGAGCGAGAGUAUGAAAACUUCAUGUCUGGGGACUGGUGCUGGAAGCAAGCGGAUACCAUUGCACAAGACCCAGCAACACAUGGGGCCACCUUCUGCCCUAUCAUCCUGGGGAGCGACAAGACAACUGUGUCAGUUGCUACAGGGGCUCAUGACUACUGGCCUUUGUAUAUCUCUAACGGCCUGGUGCACAACAAUAUCCGGCGUGCUCAUCGAGAUGCUGUCUCUGUGGUGGCCUUUCUGGCUAUCCCCAAAACGGACCGGCAAUAUGAUGCUGAUGCAAAAUUCCGCAAAUUCCGCCGCCAGCUCUUCCAUGACUCUUUACGGCACAUUCUUCUCUCCACACUCCCAGCAAUGAGAGAGCCACAGGUUAUGCUUUGCUCGGAUAACCACUACCGGCGCAUCAUCUAUGGUUUGGGUCCUUACAUCGGGGACUACCCAGAGCAGACACUCCUAGCCUGCACAGUCCAGGGCUGGUGUCCAAAGUGCACAGUCCAUAGGACAAACUUGGAGGGGAUAGGGGUCCCCCGCUCACAUGAGCAUACUGAAGCUGUCAGUGCAGUACUUUCUCGCAAGGCACUGUGGGAGGACUAUGGCAUUGUCUCUGGGCUUGAGCCAUUCACUACUACCUUCCCACGUGCUAACAUCCAUGAGAUGCUCUCGCCAGACCUGCUGCAUCAGGUCAUCAAGGGUACCUUCAAGGAUCAUCUUGUUACUUGGGUUGAGCAAUAUCUGGUCAUUCAGCAUGGAAAGCCUGCUGCUACUGUCAUUAUGGCUGACAUCGAUAGAAGGAUUGCGGCCACACCUCCCUUCACUGGCCUGAGACGCUUUCCAGAGGGCCGCAAGUUCAAGCAAUGGACUGGGGAUGACUCCAAGGCACUAAUGAAGACAUUCAUCCCUGCUGUUGCUGGCUACAUUCCCCCCAAAAUGCUCUUAGCUCUCAGCACAUUCAUGGACUUCUGCUACCUGGUGCGCCGGCCCAAAAUCACUAGCCAGAGACUCCUUGAUAUCGAGGAUGCCUUGGAGCGGUUCCAAGAUGCCCGCACCAUCUUCGCAGAAACUGGUGUGCGCUUUGAUGGUUUCUGCCUUCCACGACAGCAUGCUCUCAACCACUAUCCCCGUGCCAUCCAGCUCUUUGGUGCCCCUAAUGGUCUAUGCUCCUCCAUCACAGAGUCGAAGCAUAUUCGGGCAGUGAAGGAGCCUUGGCGCCGCUCCAACCGCUAUGAAGCUCUUGGCCAGAUGCUUCUUAUCAACCAACGGCUGGACAAGCUUGCUGCUGCGAAAGCGGACUUCACUGCACGCGGGAUGCUAGAGGGACCCCUCUACGGCUUCGAGGACCUGUUCGCAUCGCUAAACGCACCUGCACCUGCCCCUGCCCCUGCACCACUAUCAGAGUCAGAAGAGAGCAGUGAUGAUGGCUCUGAUGACUCCACAGAGGAGUCAUCAACUACUGUGGUCAUGGCUAAGCGCAAAGUUCCUCGUAUGCCCAACAACCCAGUGGAGCUGGCCUAUCGUUUUAGGUGUCCCAGCCUUGUUCAACUCAUUGGUGACUACCUUGCCACACAACCAGAGUAUGACCAUGAGUACAUUCCCACAUCUUUUUCUGUCUACCCUUCUUUGGUGGUUCAUUUCCAUGCUCCUAAUGAGCAGUCUAACCUUGGUGGGAUGACCCGUGAGCGCAUACGUUGUGUAGAGGUAUGGCGCAGGGGUCCACCAAGGCUAGACUGUGCAUAUGUCUAUCAAAAUGAUACUAUACCUGGAUUUGGUCGUUUGGCUGUUGUUCGGAUUCUUCUUCUGUUCUCAUUUAGAUCAGUCUCAAAAUUCAUACAUCAGUGUGCCUUAGUCAGCUGCUAUAGCCCAGUGGGUGAUGAGCCUGAUGCGCACAGUGGUAUGUGGGUCGUUGAGCCUGCUCAAAAUGCAGAUGGCACUCUUCAGCUUGUAGUUAUUCCCAUUCACCAAAUAGUUCGUGCAGCACAUUUGAUUGGUCAUGCAGGGAAUGACCCUGUACCUCUUGAUUUAUUACAUACAGAUUCCUUGGAUGCCUUCACUGCCUUUUACGUAAACAAGUACAUAGAUUACCAUGCACAUACGAUA